AUGUCUGUCUCGUACGCCGAUGCAGCAUCGACCAAAGUUCCCGGAAAACCCGAGGAGUCUUCGGAACAACCAGUGUCUCAGAACUCCGAUGUAAGCGAAACCAUACCUGCAACCGAGCAAAAGGAAAGCAGGUCCACCGAAACCGAGAAAACCGAGAAACCCAGCAAGGCUUUGGCCCCGGCUCCUGUUCCUGCCAAGUCUGUGUGGGGUUCCACGGCGACACAGUCCAGCGCAUCGAUGGUUGAUGAACAAAAAUUCCCUACGCCAGGUCAGGUUCCUCAAGCCGCACAAAACUCUAACAAGAACUCUGCCAAGUUCGUCAAGUCUAACAAAUGGAUUCCAAUCACCGCCAAAGUGGUCUUCACUAGUCCUAGAAAUGCUCCAUCUAGUAGUGGAAACGGCUCUUCUCAAAAGGGAAAGCGGAAGAGUAAGGCUCCUAGAAAGAAGUCCACCAGUGGCGGCCCUCAUGUUGAAGGAUCAUUGAAGAAGGACGAUGCAUCCAAGGAAGAUGACUCAGAAACUGUUGCUACUGACGGUGCUUCUGAGUCUGAUGCGCUUCAUUCUUCCUCCGAGGCCCAUUCACAACAACAAUCUGGCGACGCUAAGCAGCGCUCCACUAACUCCUCUAACUACAAUCAACAAAAAGGUUACAAAAAGUACCAAAAUGGAUCCUAUGGUUCCAGAGCCUCGGGCUCUCAGCAACAACAGUUGCCUUUGCAUCGCCACCAGAGUAAUGGGUACUAUCAACCUAUGAUACCACAGCAAUUCCAGGCUAAUAACAAACAGUACAGAUCCAUGUCGAAUUCUUACGGAAGAAACGGUAGCAAUGGAAACCUUGCAAUGCCUGGUUACACCGGGCCCAACAGUCGCUCAAUGCAAGGUUCCAUGACUUUCAUUCCUCAUCACCCACAGCCUAUGAUGGGUGGCAUGCCUUACGCCCCUAUGCCUGUCCAAAUUCCCCCACCUUUGAGCCCUAAACAGAAUCCUCAACAAGCUUUGACCCAACAAAUAGACUACUACUUCUCUUUGGAGAACUUGAUAAGAGAUCUUUUCUUGAGAAAGAAUAUGGGAACUGAGGGUUGGGUCGACUUGGACUUGAUUUUGAACUUUAAAAGAGUUGAGAUUAUCAUCAAUGGUCUUAGAAAUUCCAUUGAAGAGGAAGACGAGAAGGUGAAGGAGGAAACUUUGGACAAAGCUAUCGUUACAGCAGUUCAACAAUGUGAAAACCUAGAAAUUGGUUACUUGAAUGGCAAGGAGGAUUACAAUGCCACUGCGACUGAGAUUCAAUUGAGAGUUAAGUACAACUUCGAGCAGUGGUUAUUGCCAGACAACGUUCUUUGA